AUGGCGGCAUAUAGCGACCAACGUCUUGGGAGGAUAUCACAAACCGGCAAUGGCAGUGGGGACGCGCUGCCCUCGGGGAGUUGCAACUAUCGGGACCUUGCCAUUGGUGUGCAGGCUCCAGUGUGCGGCUGCAAGAGAUUCUGGCUGAAUAACGAUCACUACGGCGGGCAUGUGAGUCAACGCGAAAGAGUAUGGUGCUUCUGUGGGCAUCACGCGUGCUUUCAUGACGCAUCAGGUCAAGCUCAAGGGAUCGGUCGUGCUUCUCUAGGCAGCAUAUUCAACUCGCCACCUAAGGUCGUAGACGCUCCUGCGUCUCACGGGCGAGAAGUCGAGCAAGCUGCGCACCAGUCUACACCGCAGCGACAACCGGCUGGUCUAGGCAUCCAAGCACCUCAGUCGAUCGAUACAAGACUUUUCAACGCACUGAAUGCUUUUGCACGUAAUCAAGACGAUGGUCCGCCAUCUGAUGGCUCAUCGAAGCUGCCCAGUACGGCGUGUCCAAGCAUAGCAAGCGAACGUCGACCAAGUCCGAGUCGUGUGAUGUUCGAAAGGAGCCAGUAUCUGCGUCCUAUGGCCCCGCCUGUGCUCAUCCCACCUGGAGAAGCGCAAGCCGGAAGUGCCGACGAGUAUAGCGCUACGGAGGUUGCCACCCCUAGUAUUCGAGGUACGCCAGAUAUUCAUGGUCCGGUUGCCAUUGGCUCACAGGCACGGAUCUCGCCGUUUCGCUUUCCGACAGUACCUUCCCAGCUUAUGGGCACGAACAAGGCUGCCGAAGAGCCGUCAUCAAGCCAGCGACACCCGGUGCCAGGACCUUCGCACACGACGCCUUUCUCUCCACUUAGCUACAUUCAGACCGUACAGCCGUCAGUGGUCGACAUGGAAAACGUGCUUCGAACACUUAGCCGUCGUGUUGAAGUCCUCGAAGGCAUGUCCUUUUCACAAGUACCGGUUGAAGAAGUCCAUGAACGCUUCGAGAACAUGGAUACAAGAGUCCUUGAUCUUGAGGUGUGGCGCAACUAUGCCGAGUCGAUUCAAGCAGAACAGCAAUCGGCUGAAGCCAGUCAACCUAAGCGGAGACGACUCCUGCCAAGCGAAGACAGCUCUUUCAGCUCAGAAGGUUCUGCCUUUGAUAGUGCUGCAGCCGCACAUACAGAGGCUGCUGUACUCGCCACAAUAGCUGCGAAUGCUGAGACUGUGCCACGUAUCGAUGCGCUCGAGAGACGAGUCAUCGACCUCGAAUCCGCUUCGUUGCCCUCGUUCACCAGACCUUGGCAUGUGCAAGUUGUGCUUCUACCAUGGGGUCGUGCAUUGAGCGGCAUUUGGUUCUCCGCCAUUGAUGCCACGCAACAAUCGGUGAAAGCGUCGACGCAAAUGUCUGAGGAGUGGACUAUGCCGCAGACUAACGCGAAGCUAUCUUUCACUUCGGCGACGAGCGGCGCAUGGACUACCGAGUCAAUUCAAGCCUGGGCAAAAGAGGCGCAGAGUUGGCUAAGCCCAAAAGCGUGCGGGCCCAGUGGCACUGUGUUCCAACGCCUGGAGAGCCGGGGAUUCGUGCAGGACAUCACAAUCACAGCAUCUGACUCCGGCCACAUCUUGAGCGCCAUUAAAGCAGCAUUUGAUACAGUACUACUGAACGACAAAGAGAACGAAUGCACUGAUGCAGACACUCAUGCGCUGAACGAGCGCUUUAUACCUCUGCGCAAGAUCAGAAAGUCUACUCGUCUUCGCUUCCUAUCUCCCGCGGAAAUGGUUACUUCUGCUACCUGGACGGCCGGCUUCUUGGAUGAUAGUGUUUGCAUGAAAGUGACCGACGGUCAACGACGACUAUAUCUCACCACACCCGAAGCGUACCUGCAGAAACAAGAGGAAGGCUGGGCAUGGCCUCAGCUACGACAACUUCCCAUGUACGACGCUGUGGCAGAUGAGCAUAUCGCGCAAGCUACGAGUGCCGCCAUCGAAGCGUGUUGGACGUAUAAUGAUCGUCUAGACCAGCGUAUUAGUGCCGCUGCGUCCUUUGCGGCGUCACAGAGCUCCGAGCGACUGCCUGAGGGCAUGACAGUGAUUACGACCACAGUGCCUCAAUUAGUCUCUGAGCAGAACGAGGUCGACACGGCACGCGACGAGCAGAACGCCAGCCCUACGAGGCGACAACGAACAGUAUCACUGCCUGCUUCUUGCUCUAUCACAGAAGACAUUAGAAUUCCAAUGCCCAAGCGACGAGUAGCUUCUUUCGAGACGACGAGCUCCACAGCCCUACGGGAGACACAACUUCUUGAUACGAUGGCCAUCAAGAGGCGCCGCAUCUCCAUCUCGCCUGAAGCCGAACGCAAGGGCGUAGGCCUCACCCCACGACCCUCACGAGAACCACCAUCACCCUUCAUAUCCGAGCUCGAGCACGCUGGUGAUUUGUACAGCCAUGGAGGGACGUCCUCAUCCCUUCGCCAUCAGCGUGGAGCUACACCUUUCGCUUACGCCACGCCGCAUAGCAACAGCAAUUAUGUCAGUGGGCGUGCCGAGCAGUUUCCCUUCCAAACAUUAUCGUGCGGAGAUACCGAGGCAGAUACGGAUAUGCAGACUGUGCCGAUGAGUGAUGGCAUUGACGACGGAGACGAGUGGCAGGGUGUCGGCGAAGCCGGGGAGCUGACACUGAACACUGAUGCAGAUGCGAAUUUUGACGACCACGACCCAAGCGAUGCCGAUGAAGAAGAUGAGCUGGACGAACAGCGUCCAUAG